CAGAGGUCCAGGCACAAGACAAAGUUUCAUCAGGACAUUAGUACCAGUUGUCAAAUUCCCCGCAACUCCGAUAUGAUGCUCUAGCUAGUUGGUUGUACCGAACCCGGUACCACCAUGGUGCCGUCGUCUUCCUGAGAGAAAGGUGAUUUGAUCAACUGCAGCACACGAUAUAUUUACAGCUCUGACGGAUUUUAAUUCAAGGCGCGAAAUUGUUUUUGGCGCGAAGUCGAAGUUUCUCCGAAAAAGGCUCCCUUUCAAACGCAGCCGUCAAUCUGCUGUGUAUUGGUACCAGGUACCAGUAUCCUUUCUAACCAAACCAUGGCGCUCCCUGAUCUUCCUCUUCGAUGCUUGACCUCGGCUGAGGCGCACACUACCACUGAUGUUGUCAGUGGACGAAACACCAUUAUUGACUUUUGGACUACUAGAUGCACUCGCUGUCCUGAUGCUCUGGAUAAACUCGACAAAUUGGCUCAAGAUCCUCAAUAUAAUGAGAUCAAAUUCAUUUCGAUCUGUUGUGAUCAGUUGGAUGGAGCGAGGGAGAUUAUUGAGAAAGAUAACGAUCCACGAUGGAGUCACAUUGCCCACUACUUUAUGGCACCAAACGACAAAGAAACUGCAAAGAAGGUUUUGGGGUUCAAGUCUGUUCCUUUCUACGUCGUUUUGGACAAAACUGGGAACAUUGUGCAGAAGGGGGGAGCCUCAAAAGUUGACUUCGACAAUGUUCCGGGUAUUUUGGUGAUUGAAGAGGACAAAGAGAAUUCAAAGCCUGAUCAAAUCGCUGGAGCUCCCGAAGAACAAGUUUUUAUGCUGGAAGAUCUGGACUUUUAAGCCCUACUAGCUAGCUAGUACUUGGUAUACUUGGGUAUUGCUUGAUAUCUGCACGUAAGAAAAUAGGUUGUUGAGCUUGUGGUUGAAUGUUGACGAUCCUUUCAUUCAGUAGGAUUUUUGACAAUGAUAUAGUGGAAUGUCGCACCGUAGAAAAAGUGUUCUCAAUGGUGUUGGGAGCCUUGGCAUUAUGUUUUCAAUGUCAAUACUUCCUAGUACAGCAGUAAUGAGGAGCGCUAAGCGCGGAUGU